AGUUCCGGGCGGGUCGGGUCGCUAUCGUCCCGGAAUCGUGCCGGUGUCUCUGUGCGGUGUCCCUCCGUGUUCCCGGGAAGUCACUCUGCGCAAACAGGAAUGGAUUUCGUCUCCGGAGGGUUGGGACAUGACGCCGAAAUCGCCCACGCGCGGCCUGUGCCGGGCGCGGGCCCCCGCGCCGUGGAUCGUUUCCUGAGCCUGCAGCAUUCCAUCUCCUCGGGCAUGACGGCCGCGGAGCUCGAGGCCAUGAAGUUCCUCUGCCGCGACAAAAUUAGGAAGCGAAAGCUUGAGACGGUGCGAAGCGGCCUGGAGCUCUUCAGCAUCCUGAUGGAGCAGCAGGUGGUCGCGCACAACAAUCUGGGAUUCCUGAAAGAGCUGCUGCAGCACAUCAGUAGGGGCGAUUUGCUGUCACUAGUGGUGCAGUUCGAGCAGGGAGAACUUCGUGCCCCUGACGAUGAUCAGCCAGAUGAGCAUGAAAAACGUCUCCUGAAGGCAGCUUUUGAUGUCAUCUGCGCCAAUGUUGGGAGAGAAUGGAAGAAGCUGAUGCGAGAACUUGGGCUGCCAGAGGUGAAGCUGGAUAAGGUAGAGGCAGCCUAUCGAUUUGAUUUGGAGGAAGAGGUUUUUCAGGCACUACGGGAGUGGCAGAAGUGGAAGGGGAAGGAUGCAAAAGUGGCUGACUUAAUAAAAGCCCUCCAGAACUGCAACCUGAAAUUGGUGGCAGACAGGGUUGAAGAGAAGAUCUCACAGGUGAGCACUGGAACCAACUGAAAACAGUGUAAAACUAUGAAUGAAAAAAGUCAGAGUGCCUUCUUUUCUUCUGGACCAAAAUAAUUAUCACUGGCUGCUUAUCAUGCCAUUUAUUUAUGUGCCUUAAUAAGUUAAUUUGUGCUCAGCUGAAAAUUGACAUGGAAACAGAUUCCUAUCAGAGAGCACUCUGUAGUUUGAUGCUUAUUUCAAGAUAUUUUAAUAGAAGAAAUUGUCACGCUUUUGUUCUGCCACUCACCUGAAAAGAUUUGCUUUGCUGCGGGAACUUUUCACAUGCAUCUCCACUGGAAAUACAUCCAUGGGACACAUCUGAGACAACUGGAAUUAAAAAUUUCAUGGUUUUUUUUUUUUUUAUGGCCUGUUAUAAAUACAGUGUGAAAGGGAGAAGGAGUAAAGUUUUCAGCUGGUGCUGGCUUUUCUUUUGGAGUAGCAAAAAAUAGUAUCUUAGGUAAUUUGUCAAAUAGAUGUGCUCUCCGUGAAAGUAUAUUAAGACAACUGUAACCUCAGACUGCAGUGCAAGAGGGACAUUAAAUAUUGUGGUGGCUUUCUUGGAAAAAAACGUGCCUGGAUUUGAAGUCAAAUGUCUGCACCAAGUGCCUUCAGCAUCCCGAAGUUCUCCUGAAACUAUCCAAGAGAGUGUGUCACACAGAUGUUUACAGCAGCCUCUUUCCUUUGGGGCUCCGUGCCGGGCAUCCUUCCGUGGCCUGUGUCACAGAGGCUGCUCGUGUGUGCUGGAAGGGGUGAGCCACUCACAGAGGAGCAGGAUUCGUGAGCCUGUGUCAGAUGCAGUCCUCAGCUUUCAUCUGGGACAACCUUCAGUCAGUGGCCUUCACACCUCACCUACGGCUGCAGAAAUUGCACAGUUGCACAGUCUAGGACAUGCAGGGCUGUAGAGGCCUCAGGGGGAAGAAUCCCAUGAAAUCAUUACUGCUUGAACAGCUGUAGGAUUCUGUGUUUCUACAAAUAUCUCCCAAGUGCCUGGCUAGACACUGGAAGAGGUUUUAUUGCUGCUGCACCUGUGGGACUUCAGCUCUUUCCAAGCUGUUUUUAUGUGGUGCCAUUGCUGUGAAGAGCGGGUGUUAGCACAUAACUUGCCACUGCUCUGAAGAAACAUUGUGACACUGAUAAUUUUCAAGUUUUCAUUGCAUGUGGUGCCUCUUGCUCAAACACUGAGGCUUGAAUACUUUAUUGUAGUUAGUGGAAACUGCUGUAAGUUUGCAUGAUAGAAAAAUCAUUUCAGUCAGAGGUUUUUCCCCUUCAAUGAUUCUUUUCCACAUUCCUAGAAGUUCUCAAGGCCAGGCUGGAUGGGACUUGGAGCAACCUGGUGGAAGGAGUCAUUGGUUGGAACUGGAUGAUCUUUUAGGUCCCCCCUGCCCAAACCAUUGUGUGCUGAUUUGCAGUAUCUUUCCAGUUUGGUAUAUUUAGUAUUACUGGUUGUAUCCAAGCAAAGGAGUUGCCACUUGUCUGCCUUUUGGGCAGGCAGAGUUCUCUGAGUUCUUAUUCCCUUUACUUGUAUCAAUUGUCAAUUCCAGGCUCCCAGGAGGAGAUGCUGAGCUUCAGCUGAAUGACAAGCUCAGGUGUUUUGGAGAUUUUUGUUUCAUAGACAUCAGAAGUAUCCAUUCUGCAGUGUCUAAAGAAAAGGAUUGCUCCACCAGCUCUUCCUUCCUCCCUCUGAGCAAUCCCUGGGAGCUGAGGAGUGGGAGUGCUCAAACAGCUCUGCAACAGCUCCAAGUCCAAUCUCUGCUGAAGUGCUUUUCUCAUCCACUUUUAAUAAGUCUUCUGCUUCACUGAGGAGAUUUAUGUGGAAUAGGAAGAGUAUACUGCCCACUGCAUACAGCCAGGAUAUUUUAGGACAAUAAAAUGUUGGUUGUAGCCAAGCACUCAUGAGCUACAAGAAAUAUUCUGCUUCAGGAGGUAAAAACCUCUUGUUUCUCUAAGGAUUUUAUACAUCCUUUUACUGUGUCUGAAAGCAGUGACCUAAACUGCAUCGAUCUGUGCCAUGCCUUAGGGCCAAUUAAGAUUAUUUUUAUGAGAUAUUAAAAUGUUAUUUAUGCAAAAGCAAAAUCAACUGAAACAAAGGGAACAAAAUCUUUUUAUUGGGAGGAGGGAUAAAGGGAACAAUUUGUAAAGGAAUGUUUUCUGAUCCAGUUGACAAUCUUUUAUUUUCAAAUUAAACACCUUGAACUCAUAUGCAUAUUUUUUAUAACUUGGAUUAAAAUUUUAUAUUGUAUAGUUCUGUGUACAUUUAAUUUAAAAUAAUUCUUUUAAAAACCAAAAUAAAUGGAAUGGGGUUUUUUCUUGUUUGAUGGGAUUGCUGUCUGCAGUUAAGAUCUCUGGCUGGGAGAAAGUGGAUAUUAAGGACACACUGAAAGCAAGGAGGGGUGCUAAACAGGCAUUGUGUUACCUGUGCCCUUCUUGGGACAUUAAAGACAAAAAGCAGAGUGUUUUGUCAUUGAGCUUCUCAGAAGUGCUAAACAGGCUGCAGUUUGCCAGCAGCAGCAGCAUUUGAAUGCUGUCACUCAGGGAGGUGUAAGGAAAGAAGGAUUCCCUCAGGAGCCCAAACUCGAGUCCCAGCGUGCCUGGGAGACAGGCUGCCUGUGGGUAGGCUUCCUUCUCUACUCCUCUGCUAGCCAUGCUGUGCUAAGGAUAUUAUAUUUGUUUUAUAAUUAAUUAAAAGCCUGGCUUCUGGUUUAGUCUAAGCUUGGUCAGGCUUUUAGAGGACGUGCUCAGAACGAAUUGACAGAGUGCUCUGUGGAGUGUCAGCCUGCACUUAAAGCUGUGAGUGAGUAAGACAAAUAACUUAAUUGCCCAUUUUAUCAAAUCCUUUAGGAUGCCCUGCAAGAGGAUCUGCCUGUGAGGAAUUACUCAAACCUUUUUCCUUUUGGUCUCGUGAGAGCAAUCUUUCCUCACAGCCUUGAGACAACAGCACAUCAAAACAUGUGGAGAGUUAAAAGUGCCAUCUCGUGAGAAUUCUCAUCCUGGAGGAUUGUUUUUCCGUGUCACUUCUCAGUCCCUUUCAGCACUUGCUUGCUGUUGCCUAUGAUUUUUGAAGAUAUCAAUUAUAAUCACAUAUUGAGGUGAUUAUCUUUUUUUAAAUUGCAUUAUUUUCAUUACUGGGUUAA